GAUUUGCGAGCUCAUAAAGCUUUAACUCAAGCAAAUUCUCUCUCUCUCUCUCUCUCUCUCUCUCUCUCUCUCUCCAUUUUCUUUUUCUCUUUUCUCACCCACCACUCUCACACACCUCUUCACCUCACCUUACACACUAAAAAAACAUCACUCCUCUCUCUAAAAAAUUCAAUCUUUUUGCUGUUCCAACAUGUCUUUUAGAGUUUGUUUCAGUUUCAGAUCUUAAGGGCGGGAGUGUUAUGCUUCUUCUAAUAUUUUGAAGCUCAAGAAAACAGAGCAAAUUUUUGCUUUCUUUUCUCCUACUUUUUGUGGGGGGUAAUUCUUGUUUUUGUAAUCUCAAAGCUGGCUGUUUUAUGUAUAUACUGAAGGGGUUGUGGUGAUUUGUUUGUCUACUUUAAGAAGGUGCCAUCUUUUUCAGUAAUAUUUGGGUAAAAGUUCUCUCUUUUUUGGCCUUAAACGCGAAGAUUCAGGCCUCUCUCAACGUGUCAUUUGUUCUCUGUAUUAAACACAGCUGGAGAAUUAAUUACAUAGAGGUAAAAAAAGGGGUUAAAGAUUCCAAAGAAUUGAAAAAAAACAGAGGGCUGAGGUAAAAAGUUGAUGGUUUUUAAAAAAAAAUAAAAGCUUAAAUGAUGAUAAAGUUUGGAGCUUUAUGUGAAUGGAAAUGGUGUUGUGUUUGUAUCAAACACGAGUAGUUUACAGCUUAUGUGAAUUUGAAAGAGAGAGAAUUUUUGUCUGUAUUUAUAUCCUUUUCAGCCAUAUCUUUCGUUAGAGCAGUUUUGGCUGUACCUUAAUUUGUAAGGGUUUAAGCGUGAAGUGUGUGUUUGAGCCUUCUGUUAUAAGGGGCACAAAGUAUAGAAACAACAAAAGGGGCACCUAGGAAUCUUCUGGCUCAAUCAAGAUCGUUCAUUUAAUCUUGUCUGAGAUCACUAGAAAAAGAAAAAGGAAAGAUAAAGAUAAAGUCUUUGUUUCAGAGAAUCUUAGUUCUCUGUGUUGAUAUAUAUAAUAAAAGCUGUUUGCAGGGAAUAUAUCUACUUGGGGGUGUUUUUAUUUCUUUUAAGGGUGUUUGAAAAUUUGGAAAUCUUGAUUAUUUUUUUGUUUGGGAUUUUGGGGUUUGAGGGCAAAUGGCUAUGGUGGUACAGCAGCAUAGGGAGAGUAGUAGUGGUAGUAUUACAAAACAUCUUGACAGUAGUGGAAAGUAUGUCCGGUAUACAGCUGAGCAAGUGGAGGCAUUAGAGAGGGUUUAUGCAGAGUGCCCUAAACCUAGCUCGUUGCGCCGCCAGCAAUUGAUCCGCGAAUGCCCUAUUCUGUCGAAUAUCGAGCCUAAGCAGAUCAAAGUUUGGUUUCAAAACAGAAGGUGUCGAGAGAAGCAAAGGAAAGAGUCUUCUAGACUACAGACUGUAAAUAGAAAGCUGUCUGCAAUGAAUAAACUAUUAAUGGAGGAGAAUGAUCGCUUGCAAAAACAGGUUUCACAGCUUGUGUGUGAAAAUGGCUUUAUGCGGCAACAAUUGCAUACUGCAUCAGCGGCCACUACUGAUGUAAGUUGUGAGUCAGUGGUUACCACCCCUCAGCAUUCCCUCAGAGAUGCUAACAACCCUGCUGGACUGCUGUCGAUUGCAGAGGAAACCUUAGCAGAGUUCCUUUCCAAGGCUACAGGAACUGCUGUUGAUUGGGUCCCGAUGCCUGGGAUGAAGCCUGGUCCGGAUUCAGUUGGGAUUUUUGCCAUCUCACACAGUUGUAGUGGAGUGGCAGCCCGAGCAUGUGGUCUUGUUAGUUUAGAGCCGACAAAGAUUGCUGAGAUCCUCAAAGAUCGACCAUCUUGGUUCCGAGACUGCCGGAACGUUGAAGUUUUCACGAUGUUUUCUGCAGGAAAUGGAACAAUUGAGCUUUUGUACACGCAGAUAUAUGCUCCUACCACCUUGGCUCCUGCACGUGAUUUUUGGACUCUGAGAUACACAACCACCCUGGAGAAUGGUAGUUUUGUGGUUUGUGAAAGAUCCCUCUCUGGUACUGGAGCUGGGCCGAAUGCUGCUUCUGCUUCCCAGUUUGUAAGAGCUCAAAUGCUUCCGUCCGGAUAUCUAAUCCGACCGUGUGACGGUGGAGGAUCCAUUAUACAUAUUGUUGACCAUCUGAAUCUUGAGGCAUGGAGUGCCCCUGAGAUUUUGCGUCCACUUUAUGAAUCGUCAAAAGUUGUGGCACAGAAAAUGACUAUUGCGGCACUGCGAUAUGCAAGGCAAAUAGCUCAGGAGACUAGUGGGGAGGUUGUAUAUGGUCUGGGAAGGCAACCUGCAGUUCUUCGAACAUUUAGCCAGAGAUUAAGCAGAGGCUUCAAUGAUGCCAUCAAUGGAUUCAGUGAUGAUGGCUGGUCAUUGUUAAGUUCUGAUGGUGGUGAAGAUGUUAUAGUUGCUGUCAAUUCAAGGAAGAACAUUGCCACCACUUCCGUUCCUCUUUCACCGCUGGGAGGCAUCCUUUGUGCCAAAGCAUCAAUGCUACUCCAGAAUGUUCCUCCUGUGGUACUGGUUCGAUUUCUCAGGGAGCACCGUUCAGAGUGGGCGGACUUUAAUGUUGAUGCCUAUGUAGCUUCGUCAAUGAAAUCUUGUUCAUAUGCAUAUCCUGGGAUGAGGCCUACCAGAUUUACCGGAAGUCAGAUAAUAAUGCCACUUGGCCAUACAAUUGAACAUGAAGAGAUGCUUGAGGUUAUUAGAUUGGAAGGACACUCUAUUGGCCAGGAAGAUACUUUUAUGCCAAGAGAUGUUCACCUUCUCCAGAUGUGUAGUGGAACUGAUGAGAAUGCUGUCGGAGCUUGUUCUGAACUAGUUUUUGCUGCAAUUGAUGAGAUGUUUCCAGAUGAUGCACCCCUGUUGCCCUCCGGGUUUCGUAUCAUUCCUCUCGAGUCAAAAUCAAGCGAUCCCCAGGAUACAUCGAAUGCUCAUAGAACACUGGAUCUGGCAUCAAGUCUUGAAGUUGGCCCAGCAACAAACCCUGCUACUGGAGAUGUGGUCUCUGGCUACAGUGCACGAUCUGUGUUGACAAUUGCUUUUCAAUUUCCAUUCGAGGACAAUCUUCAGGACAAUGUAGCUACCAUGGCGCGCCAGUAUGUUCGCAGUGUGGUUUCAUCUGUCCAACGGGUUGCCAUGGCAAUAUCUCCCGCAGGAGUGAAUUCAACAUUCGGGUCCAAGCUUUCUCCAGGCUCCCCUGAAGCUGUAACGUUGUCGCACUGGAUCUGCCAGAGCUACAGUUAUCACAUGGGGACAGAGUUGCUUCAAACUGAUUCGAGGGGCGAUGAAUCAGUGCUAAAAAAUCUUUGGCAACAUCAGGAUGCUAUUUUGUGCUGCUCAUUGAAGUCCCUGCCGGUUUUCAUUUUUGCUAAUAAGGCUGGGCUUGAUAUGCUGGAGACAACCUUAGUUGCUUUACAGGACAUUACUCUAGAUAAGAUAUUUGAUGAAUCUGGCCGGAAAGUGUUGUUCGCUGAAUUUCCCAAGAUCAUGGAACAGGGUUUUGCGUACUUGCCGGGUGGUAUUUGCAUGUCAGCAAUGGGACGACAUAUUUCAUAUGAACAAGCUAUUGCAUGGAAAGUCUUUGCUUCUGAAGAAACUGUCCACUGCUUAGCCUUCUCAUUUAUUAACUGGUCAUUUGUUUAAUGUUGCUGUCAAAUCUCCUUUCUUUUUUUUCCUUUUUGUUUUUUGACAUCUUCCUCACAGAGGACACUGACAGCCAGGAACACAGUUGAACGGAAUGAUCUUUGGGACGGAUGAAAAUUUUGUAACUUGGGGGGCUCCCGUCUGUUUUACCUUUAAUUUAAUUAGACUAAAUUUGUAUUUUGCUUCCUGAAUUCUUCAUACUCUUAUGUAAAUUUUCUAGUGCAGCUUUUUUGAGUGCA